ACACAAAUGGAAACUUUCUUCAACUACCCGAUGAGCUCUGAUUUUCUCAGAAUAUUUAUUGUGUCUCAACCUACAGGGCCAUUGAAGGUGGCCAAAGCAUCACAGGUCUCUCAUAAGUGUGUGCUUUUGCCUUAUAAAGAGAGGUUUGUUGUCAUGCCCCUCUUACAUAUCAACAGUUCUAGUACUAGGUUAUAGGUGGAGUUGUGGAAAGUUUAUGUUUGGGAGCAGAGUAGUGGGCGACAAAAUUUAUGUUGACUGACAACUGACUUAACUUUUUGAAGAACUGAAGAUUAACUGUUUUUUUCCACAAAAGUUUCUGUAUGUAUGUGCAUUUUGAUGAUAUGUUUUUGGUUGUUGAAUUUCUGGAAACCAAGACUGUUAAUAUUAUAGCCGAGUCAUGGUUUGAGGAUGGUGUCACUUGGUGGCCAAAUUAUAGUAAUGAUGAACGCAUAAACAGAGCUGUACAAAAGUGUGAGGAACCAAGAACAGGCUGGAAACAGUAUGAUGUUCGAGUCCUCUCAAGAACUGGCACGUUUUUGGUGAUACAGACUCGGACAAUGAACUAGAAGUGGGUAAAAAGAGGAGAUGCAGCAGUAUCUCCUCUGCACCAGCACCACCUAUUCCUCCACCUACUCCUGACAUACCCUCUGAUUCAGCUUGCCAGACCUCUACUGGACCUCUGCUAAACCUGAGGCAUACUGAAUAUCCCUGUUUUACGACUGUGCCACCUGCCCCCAUUACGACACUUGGCAUGCCUUCCAGUCCUCUUCACCACUUCUCCAUUAGACAUUCUGAACACGGCCGUUACACAGCUCCAGUGCAUGCAGUUACCACCCCCAUCUCUCACAUGCCCUCAAGCUCUAUGAGCCAGGUCUCUGCUACACCUCUUUCUGAAGAACAUCAAGACCAUUCAUUUAACCCCAGGUUUAGACUGGGGAGGACAGGCACUGGACCUAUUCCUUGCUCUGCCGCUCAACUGCACAUCCUAACAUUGUUGGAACAUAUCAAGGAACAGCAGAUGCAGCUUGCUGCUAUCGUUAAUAAUCUUGCUGCACGUAUGGCGACAGACACUGUUGUUGCUGAAAUGCCUCCCAAUAUCAGUUUGCCACUGGCCACCAUGUCUGAAGUUGAGGAGUUGGAGGAGUGGCUUAAAGAUUCAAGAAACUCGCAUGCUAAGCAAAACAUGAUUUCUGCUCUGGGUGCUACAGGAGGACAAAACGCUAAACGAGUCACAUGGAACAUACUUUCAAGGCUUUUCUCAGAUGCAGUAGCCAAAAAAAUAAACUGGAAAGGAGUUAAUGGGAAAAAGUGCUUUAAAGAAAUGCAUACAAGAAGUUUGUUGAUCAGAGCUGUAAGGAAGAACCAGUCUUCCUCCGGUGUAGCAGAUAGUGAGGUCGAUUCUUACACCAUCCGUUGGUUUAACCUGGCGUCUGACCGUGGAGGUGGCCGGAAAGAACGUGCAAGAGCCAAAGAGGCAUCAACUGAGGUGAAAUUUCUAUGGAAGAAGCAUUAUGGCAGUGUGUGUUUUUUUAGCUUUGAUUUUUGCACUUGGUUCAAUUUUAAAAAUGUAACUUGGGUUGUCUUGGUUAUUCUGAGACUUAGACUUGACUCGUGUUCACAACAUAGUACAGUUAGUAUGUGGAAUCAUAUUCUGAGCAAUAGGUGCUGACCUCCAAAAGGAAAAGGACAUUUAGCAUUUAAUGUCAUACCCUGCUACAAUAACAGUGCUCCCUGAAUGCAGCUGCAGCACAUUUGUAUGGCAAGAUAUAAUAUUACAGUAUAACCAUACAAAAUGUAUUUCCUAAACGGCUGUCUGUAGCUGGGUCAUGCAGCCACUUGACACUGAGCGAAACUUUAGCCUACCGUAAAUUGUAUUCUGGACCAGCAAAAUGCACCGUUAUCUUGGGCCCGGGUGACAAAGCAACACCAGUGCUCUACCUUGCUGCCAUGGUUAAUGCGCUUUGAUGUUUUAUGUUUCAAUGAGAGGAAGUGCCAUGUGAAUGCAGUGCACAGUGCAGGAUUCAAGUGUGGCUGCCUGAAUUAGCUCACAGGUGUCACGUCAUUUAAUGCAACAUUAUAGAGGUAAAGUUUACAUAACAUUAAAAAGCAUGUUCGUAAGACAUGAUCAAUACAUUUAAGAACUAUAAAAAUAAGAUAUUUUAAGACUUAAGGACCCGUGUAAACCCUUUUAGAAACAGGAGCUGGACGACAUAAAAACUUCAUUUACCUGAAAUGAUUGAACAUCGGUUAAUCACCCACCUCUCCCUCAUGUCACCUAUAAAUCAAAUUUGAUUAAAACUUCAGAUCACUUUUGUUUCAUAGCCUUUGUACUUUUUUGCCAGUAUGAAUGUGAAAUGUCUCCAAAGAGGUCUAAAGAGAUCUUAGUCUUAAAUUUAACUUUUUGAAACUUAAGAAGCCCUGAAAUUUUAUUGUUUUUGGCUGAAAUCUUUAAUAUUCAACUAACAGCUUUUUUUCUUGGUCUUUUUGU